AUGGACCACGGAAGCAUGGGUGAGGGCGACGGCCCGACAUGCAAGAUCUCUAUGCUGUGGAAUUGGUACACUAUUGACGCCUGCUUCCUCGCCGAAUCCUGGCACGUGACGAGCUCUGGCCAAUUCGCAGCGUCCUGUAUCGGCGUCAUUCUGCUCGUUAUCACGCUUGAGGUACUGCGACGGCUCGGCAAGGAGUAUGACUCGCACAUGUACCAGCAAUGGCAUCGUCAGGCAGCAGCACGAUUCUCGAAUCCAGGACCUCAGGAUUGCUGUGGUCCAGAGAACCCUCCAACGUACCCGCAGCAGUUUGCCACUUUCAGAGCGACGCCACUGCAGCAGACUAUCCGCUCGGUGAUCCACAUGGCGACGUUUGCGGUGGCGUACUUCAUUAUGUUGCUGGCCAUGUACUUCAAUGGGUACAUCAUCAUCUGCAUCUUCAUUGGUGCUUUGCUUGGCAAGUUCCUCUGCGAUUGGACCAGUAUCAAGAUUCCUGUGGGAGGUGCUGCCAGCUCCGGGUCAGGGCCGCAGGCCAAAGGCGAGGAGGAGCUGACUUAUUGCUGUGGCUGA